GCGUCAUCUUCUGCUCUAUUUCCGAGGCCGUCAAGGAAUACCCGGAGAUGGUUAAGAAGUACUUGGGCAGUGUGGUGCCCGUGGGAGAUAACUACUUUGCGGCCCUCAACUCGGCGGUGUUCAGCGACGGAUCCUUCGUGUUCGUGCCCAAGGGUGUCAAGUGCCCCAUGGAGCUCUCCACAUACUUCCGAAUCAACGCCAGCGAGACAGGGCAGUUCGAGCGCACCCUGAUUGUGGCGGAGGAGGGCUCCUACGUGUCGUACCUGGAGGGAUGUACGGCGCCCGCGUACGACAGCAACCAGCUGCAUGCCGCUGUUGUCGAGCUGUACACGGCUCGUGACGCGGAGAUCAAGUACAGCACCGUGCAGAACUGGUACGCGGGCGACGCGGCCGGCAAGGGCGGCAUCUACAACUUUGUGACCAAGCGCGGCAUGUGCGCGGGAGCGAACAGCAAGAUCAGCUGGACGCAGGUCGAGACGGGCUCCUCCAUCACUUGGAAGUACCCCUCUGUCGUACUCGCGGGGGAGAACAGCGUGGGGGAGUUUUACAGCGUCGCGCUAACGAACAACUGCCAACAGGCCGACACGGGCACCAAGAUGAUCCAUGUGGGUCGCAACACGCGCUCGCGGAUCGUGUCCAAGGGCAUCUCCGCCGGCAGGUCCCGGAACUGCUACCGAGGACUGGUGCAGGUGCAGCCCAGUGCCAAGGGCGCUCGCAACUUCAGCCAGUGCGACUCCAUGCUGAUCGGGGACCGUGCGGCCGCCAACACCUACCCCUACAUCCAGGUCCGUGAGCCUACUGCGGUUGUGGAGCACGAGGCCAGCACCUCCAAGAUCGGGGAGGACCAGCUCUUCUACUUCCAGCAGCGCGGGGUGGACGCGGAGAAGGCGGUGGGGGCCAUCAUUGGGGGGUUCUGCCGGGAGGUGUUUAACGAGCUUCCUCUGGAGUUCGCGGCGGAGGUGAACGAGCUGAUGAGCCUCAAGCUGGAGGGCAC